UCAGCUCACCCGGCUCGGGCUCGUGCUUGCCGGGCCAAGAGCCCUCGGUGUGAGCCAAGGGCCCUCGGGGCCCUCACAGCUGGCUUAUCAGGGUCUCCUUCUGGAGCACAGGAACAAACAAGCUUCAAAGCCAAGGGCUUGGCUGGCAGACAGGCCCCGGCCCUUCACCUCUGUCCCCUCUCCCCUGACACAUAUAUAUGUCCUCUCCCCCGCCACCCCUGGGAGAGGAGGACAGGACACCCUGCGGCAAGAUGGAAGUGAGCAGCAAAGAGGUCCUGAUGGAGAGCCCUCCGGACUACUCCGCAUCCCCCCGGAGCCGGCUCGGCAUCCCCUGCUGCCCUGUGCACCUCAAACGCCUGCUCAUCGUGGUCGUGGUGGUGGUCCUUGUCGUCGUGGUGAUCGUGGGGGCCCUGCUCAUGGGUCUUCACAUGAGCCAGAAGCACACCGAGAUGGUUCUGGAGAUGAGCAUCGGGGCGCCGGAAGCCCAGCAACGCCUGGCCCUGAGCGAGCGUGUGGGUCCCACGGCCACCUUCUCCAUCGGCUCCACUGGCAACCUGGUGUACGACUUCCAACGGCUCCUGGUCGCCUACAAGCCAGCCCCGGGCUCCAGCUGCCUCGUCAUGCACAUGGCUCCAGUGAACAUCCCCAGUCUCGAUACGCUCAUAAGAAAAUUCCAGAACUUCCAGGCCCAGCCCACAGCGCCCAGCUCCCAGCUGGGUCAGGAGGAGGGGCAGGGCACAGGUGCAGCACCUUCCCGAGGGGACCCGGACCUCCUGGGCAUCCCGGCCAGCACCCUGUGUGGCGACGUGCCUGUCUACUACAUCUAGGGCUCCUCAGGGUUGCAGGGUUCGUCAAAGCCCCAAGAGGCAGGAAAGACCCAGAAGCAGGGUCUUUGCAGACGCAGGAAGCUGCUCCUCUCCACACCGCAGCGUCUGGCCCUGGAGACAUGGGAGCCCUGGGGAGAGGGUGGGCAAUGGGAGGGGGCACGGGAGAGGGGACUCCUGUGGGCCAGGGACAAGCCACAGAAGAAUAAA